AUGUCUUCUUCUUCCAUGGCCUUUCAAUCUGGAGCUUCUUCAUCUCCUUCAUCCUCUUCAUCUCCUUCCAUCCGUCCAUGGAAUCAUGAUGUAUUCUUGAGCUUUAGAGGUGAAGAUGUUCGCCGUAAGUUUAUUUCCCAUUUAUACCAAGCUUUGUAUAAAAGAGGAAUCAAUACUUACAUAGACAACAAUCUUGAAAGAGGGGAGGAGAUUUCACCGGCACUUUUCAAAGCUAUUGAAGGGUCAAUGAUUUCUAUCAUUGUACUAUCAAAAAACUAUGCAGAAUCUAGAUGGUGCUUAGACGAGCUAUUGAAGAUUCUUGAUUGCAAGGAAACAAUGAAACAAAUUGUUCUACCAAUUUUUUACCAUGUAGAUCCAUCAGAAGUACGACAUCAAAACGGGAUUUUUGGAGAAUCCUUUGAUAAACUUGGAGAUAAGCUUAAGGAUAAUGCAAAGAUGCUGAAAUGGAAGGUAGCUUUGAAAAGAGUAGCCGAUUUGUCUGGUUUCUCAUUAGGGAACUUCCGGAAUGAGUCAGAAUUUAUCCAGGAAAUCAUUCAAUGGGUGGACUUGAGAAUGGUAAAUCAAACACCUCUAAGCGUUGACAAGUAUCCAAUUGGGAUAGAGUCUCGUAUACAACAUAUUUAUCAGCAUUUAAGUAUUGGAAAGAAUGAUAUUAUACGCAUUGUAGGGAUAUUUGGGAUUGGUGGAAUUGGGAAGACAACUAUUUCAAAAGAUAUAUACAACCGGAUUUCUUCUCAAUUUGAAGGAAGUUGUUUCUUGAAAGAUGUUAGAGAAACUUCAAAACAAGCAGGAGGUCUAAUUACGCUGCAAAAUACCCUUCUUUAUGAUAUUUUAGGAACAAGUAUGGAUGUUCAUGAUAUUGACAGAGGCAUCAAUGUGAUUAGGCAUAGACUUUGCUCUAAAAGAGUUCUACUAAUUCUUGAUGAUGUGGAUGAGUUGGUCCAAAUAGAAAAGUUAGCUGGAGAUCAUGAUUGGUUUGGCUCAGGAAGUAGAAUCAUCAUAACGACAAGAGAUCAACGUUUACUCGAUAAUUCUAAAGCUGAUUCAAAGCAUGAGGUCAUGAUUUUGGAUGACAAUGAAGCUCUUCAACUCUUUAGCUUGCAUGCUUUCGAGAAAAAAGAACCACUGAAGGAUUUUAUGGACCUAUCUAAGCAAGUAACAAAAUAUGCUCAAGGUCUUCCACUAGCUUUAACUGUGCUAGGUUCAGAUCUAAAAGAAAGUACUCGUAGUGAGUUAUGA